AUGUUGGUACAUCAAGAUCACCAUAUGGGAUCUGACCAUGUACCAGUGUCGCUCUCAUUUAGUAUGACUAGUAACCUACCGCCACCAUCUGCGCAUCCAAGAUUACUAUGGAACCUUUCCCGAUUAGGUCAAGAAAAAUACCAUAAAAAAUAUAUCUCACUCUUUACAGAAAAAAUUUCACCACUCCACCUGGAACUCCAACAGGAGUUACAAGAUGCGAUGAGUAAUGGUACUUCAACACACAACGACAGCGAUCCACCUGAUAUCAACUAUCUGGCCAAUGAAUUGACAGACAUUAUCCAUCACUGCUUGGAUCUAUCUGUCGGACGUAAAAAACCAAAACAGCCUGGUGAUGCCUACUUUUGGACGCCAACUCUGCAAAAAUUAUUGGAUACAAGGGAUCAAGCACACCGUGCCUGGAAACGCUGUUCCAAUGGCUUGAACAAGGCACUAAAAUGGGUAGAAUAUACUGAUGCAAUGGCCCUAUACCGGAUCGAAUUAAAACGACAACGUAGAGAGACAUGGAAAAAUUUUUGUAGCAAAUUGUCAGAUGGUUCCUUUUCUGAAACCACAUCCAUCAUCAAAAAAUUACGUAGAAAAAAGGUAAUCUCACCCUCUUUCUCUCACCCUGAAGGUCCAAAAGCAGCAGCCACUGUAAUGGCCCGACAUUUAAGAGGUGUUUUUUCUGGAGACACUCUCCCUGAACUACGUCCUUCUGCCCCACUGAUACCAAUGGGACCAGCAAUAACGGAUCCCUGCGAUUACAAACUUGGUGAAUGUCCUUUUACAGUCGAUGAGGUGAUUAUUAGCCUCCAGUACAAACUGGCUCGACGAAAAGCACCUGGGGUUGACCAUCUUCGAACUGAAAUGCUCAUACCUAUAUGUGAUGCCAUCGCUCCAAUUCUGGCUAUGCUCUACAGCUUGUGCUGGAUUUGGUCUAUUGUACCCAAAGCAUGGAACACGGCUCAAGUCGUACCCAUAUUUAAAAAAGGUGAUCCCUUACAA